AUGGUUCUGAUACAACCAUCUCUAUUUUUGAGAUUGCGGUUGCAAGACAGCAAGCUGAUUAAGGACCGCAGACACAAUUUGCGCACAUACCCCAAUUGCUUUGUGGCUCAGGAGCUAAUUGAUUGGCUGAUUGCUCUUAAGGAAGUGCCAGAUCGAGUGACCGCUGUCCAGCUCAUGCAGCACCUCAUGGACCAUGAUAUCCUACGUCACGUGUGUGAUAAGUGGCCCGUGUUCAAAGAUGCCAAAUACUUGUACAGAUUCAGAGAGGAUGGAACAUUUCCUUUCAACAUACUGUAUGAAUAUCUGAUUAUAAGCAAAGACUACAUCUUACAGCUGAGACAGGAAAAGGGAGUGGCUUAUGAAUGCUCUUCCUCUGGUUACAUGUUAAUUGAUUGGCUGCUACAGAACGGUGAAAUAGAGAGUCGAAGACAGGGACUAGAGCUCUGCAGGGCUCUACUACAGCAUGGUAUCAUUCAGCAUGUCUCUCUGAAGCAUCACUUCUUUGACAGUGGGCUGCUGCAUUAAUUCUGCAUUAACUUCCGCCGGCGACGCCGUCUCUCCCAACUGUUGCAUGAAACUGAUGCUGAAUGUGUAACGGCAGAACCAAGAGGAC